AUGGAAGACCGGAAGAGGCCCGCCGCGGACAACAAUGACUCCGCCCCGCCAUUAAAGAAGCAAGCAACCACCGUGAACGGUGGGAGCAAACCUCACCCUGAUGCCGAUAUGCCGUGGAAAGAUGAUCUUGAGCGAUUUCAAAAAGAUGCGAUUUUACGGCAGAUGCAGGAAUUCAAGCGAGACAAGCAGUCGUUGGAAUCGCGUGUGAAUGAAAUGUCAAAAGCAGCCAAGUAUCAUGAUAGUCACUUGCGGGUCAUCGAUUCCUGGUACAAGCAGUUAAUCGACGAGAUGAAAAUAAUUCUUGGGUCUGAAGGGGUUGCGAAAGCAGAACCCUCUUUCAAGAGCUCCUUGCAGUUUGAAGAUAUGGAAAGUUUUGAGGCGCAUUUGAAAACACGAUCAGAUGAUAUCCGCGACAUUAUUUCUCAUUUACCGUCGAAAUCGGCAGAUGUGUCUUCAGACAUGGCAGAUCUGCAGAGCCAACUGGCCAAGAAGCUCGCCGAGGAGAAGGUGACAAUCGCCAACCUCGAGAAAGCUCUAGCCGACAAGCAACAAGCUGAAGAAAGCCUCGAAGCAGCAUCACUACGAUACAUGGUUGCGGAAAAGAAACUUGAUCGGGCGAGGAGCGUGACAGUCGCCAAGCUUGAAAAACAAUACAUUUUGGGUGGCUCACGGCCGAACACUGAAGCUUCCCAGGCGAAGCGUGAAGAGUCAUCUCCCGCGAACGGUGGAACUCCUGUCGGAGACCGCAGUGCCGAAUUGGAAGAAACUAAUACGCGCCUCACUGUGGUCUCUGAGAAACAGAAGGAGCAGCUGCAAAAGCUCGAGGCGGAGAACACUACUUUACUCGGCCAGCUUAACGAGCAGAAGAUCAAGUCAUCUAAGCUUACCAACGACGACUACGCCCAUACCGACCUUUUCAAACAAAUCCGAUCACAACAUGAUGAUGUGGUAAAGCGCAUCAACAACCUGGAGGCAACAAAUACUCAACUGCGCGAGGAAGCUGAAAAGCUUCGCUCGGAAAGGGCAGCAUACAAAAUUGAGAUGGAGGAAGAAUUCCAAAGCGCCAUUGCGGAGAAGGAAGCCCAGUUAAUGAGAGCCGAAACCGAUUUAGCGCGGAUACGAAAUGCCCGUGAUGAACUACUGGCCGACCAAAACAUCCGAAAGGCCGCCCAGGAUCAAGAGAAAUCCACUGGCACAAAACUGCAAGAGUUAGCGGACGCCCGUGAAGCCCGAAUUACAGCCCUGGAAUCAGAGAUCGAGCGAUUGCGACUGCAAAUUGACGGAGCCAAGGCUGCGGAAAAUUUGACGGACAUGCCGGUGGAGGAGCUUCGUUCCAAGUACACCAGCUUAGAACGCCAGUAUUCCAUGCUCAACACCGAGUUGACUUCCAUGCAAACGGCUUAUAAGAAGAAUGCGACACUGGCAUCGCAGAAGGUUGCUGAUCUUGGUGCGUGGGAGGAGAAGAUCAAUCGUCUCAAGGCCGAGAAAGCCAAGGCGGAUCAGAAGUAUUUCGCUGCGAUGAAGAGCAAAGAAGCCCGCGAGGCUGAAGUUCGCACGCUUCGAGCGCAAAACCACAAGACCUCGGACAUUGUCUCCCAACUGAAGGAGUCGGAAGCCGUCACACGGUCAUUGCUGUCUAAUAUGGAUAAGCAAGUCAGCGAGACCAAGGAGUCCUUAAAUUCCACACUUGAAAAGCACCGUGUCAUCCAGCAGCAAUUGACCGAGCGGGAUAUUGUUGCAGAUGGACUGAAGAACCAAAUUGUCGAACUGAAGACCCUGUCGACCUCGAAGGACUCGACUCUCGGGGAGAAAUCAUCCGCUUUACGACAAGCCGAGAUCGAAAUUGCGGGUCUCAAACAAACUCUUUCAGACACCAAGAAGAGUCUCGAGAACUGGAAGGGCAAGAGUUUGGGCAACAGCUCUUCGGAGUAUGAAAUGUUAAGAUCACUUGCAUUAUGCACGGUCUGCCGACGGAACUUCAAGAACACGGUGAUCAAAACUUGUGGUCAUGUAUUUUGCAAGGAUUGUGUGGAAGAGCGCCUUACAUCGCGCUCACGCAAAUGUCCCAAUUGUAACAAGUCGUUCGGAAGCAAUGACCACAUGCAUGUUACUCUGUGA